AUGACAAGUGAGGCAGGGUUGCAGCGAUUGAGAAUCCUGAGAGGCGGGAAGGGGAAGGACGCAUCAGAUCAGCCGUCAUCUGAAUCGAAACCAAGUGGACAAGAGAUGCAGGAAGUGGAGAGGCUGCUGCAGGAGUAUGAAGCGAUCAAAGAGCGAUGGAUGGUUGGUGCUUACAUAAUCUUUCUUGUUCCAAGCGGCGAUGAGGCCGAGGAGAACCAGGACUCGUCAGACAUGGAAGAAGCUCAACAGUUUGUGCAAGAGAGUCAUACGUUGGACGCUCGUCUGAACAAGGAGUUGAAAGAUACUGUUACUGAGUUACAGGACAUCGUCACGAAAGAGCAGAGAUUAGAUGAGGAGCUCAGGAGGUUUGAGGAUUUUGAGCUUCAAAACAAACGGAUAGGAGACAAAUGUUCCUAG